CCAGGCAUCAGCUGAGCCGGGCUGCAGCAAUGAGCAGCGAUGACUCCUCCCUCAUGGCUUCGAUCAUUUACUACAGCCAGGAAAAGUACUUCCACCAUGUGCAGCAGGCUGCAAGUGUGGGCUUAGAGAGGUACAGCAAUGACCCUGUACUGCAGUUCUUCAAAGCUUAUGGAGUCCUCGGGGAAGACCAUAUCCAUGAUGCCAUCAGUGAGCUGGAGAGUAUCCAAAGCCACCCAGAUAUGUCCUUGUGCUCUGCCAUCGCUCUGCUUUAUGCUCACAAGUGCUGUGACACCAUUGACGAAGAAGCAGUUCAGGAGUUGGAGAGUAGCUUGAAGGAAAUCCGCAAGACAGCCAGUGACACUGCCCUGUACUACGCCAGCCUCUUCCUCUGGCUCAUAGGCCACCACGACAAGGCCAGGGAAUAUGUUGACCACAUGCUGAAGGUCUGCAGUGGCUCCAAAGAGGGCUACGUGCUCAAAGGCUGGGUGGACCUCACCUCCAAUAAGCCCCAUGUCGUGAAGAAAUCCAUCAAGUACCUGGAACAAGGGACUCAGGACGCCAAAGAUUUGCUGGGGCUGAUGGGCAAGGCAACAUACUACCUGAUACAGCAGAACUUCUCCGGGGCCCUGGAGGUGGUGAACCAGGUCACUAUGGCCUCAGGGAACUUCCUGCCAGCCUUAGUCCUGAAGAUGAGGCUGUUCCUGGCUCGGCAAGACUGGGACCAGACAGUAGAAACUGGACACAGAAUCCUUGAAAAAGACGAGAGCAAUAUUGACGCCUGGCAAAUUCUAACUGUUCACGAGCUUGCUAGGGAAGGAAACACGACCACGGUGAGUCACCCCAUGGCUCAGAAGCUGAGCCAGAGACAGGCUAUCGAUCAUGUUAAAAAUCUCAUCAAGGCACUAGAGACGCGAGAACCCCAGAAUCCCAGCCUCCACCUUAAGAAGAUUCUUGUGGUCAGUAGACUGUGCGGGAGGCACCAGGCGGUCCAGCGACUUGUGAGCGGCUUCCUGGAGCGCAUCUUCAUGACCACACCUUCCUGUGCCCUUGUGGCCACAGAGUUGGGCUAUCUCUUCAUCCUACAGCAGCAAGUGAAGGAAGCAUGCUUGUGGUACAAGGAGGCCAUGAAGCUAGAGGAAAACCGGCUGACUGCAUUGGCAGGGAGCAUCUGGUGCCAGAUCUUGCAGGGCCAGCUGGAGGAGGCGGCGCACCAGCUGGAGUUCCUCAAGGAGGUGCAGCAGUCCCUCGGGAAGUCUGAGGUGCUGGUCUUCCUGCAAGCCCUUGUGGCAUCUAAGAAGCAGAAGCCGGAGCAAGAGGCCACCGCGCUCCUGAAGGAGGCAGUGGAGCUGCAUUUCUCCAGCAUGCAAGGCCUGGCCCUGAGCCCCGAGUACUUCGAAAAGCUGGACCCCCUCUUUCUGGUCUGCAUUGCCAAGGAGUAUCUGCAUUUCUGCCCCAACCAGCCUCGGUCACCUGGCCAGCUCGUGUCUCCACUUCUUAAACAAGUCGCUAUGAUCUUGAGUCCUGUGGUGAAGGUAGCCCCGGCCAUGAUGGAACCACUGUUUGUGACGGCUCAGGUCAAGUUCCUCUCAGGAGAGCUGGAGAAUGCCCAGAGCACCCUGCAGCGCUGCCUGGAGCUAGAUCCCACCUUUGUGGAUGCCCACCUCCUCAUGUCCCAGAUCUACCUGGCUCAGGGCAACUUUGCCAUGUGUUCCCACUGUUUAGAGCUGGGUGUCAGCCACAACUUCCAGGUCCGAGACCACCCCCUCUACCACUUCAUCAAAGCCAGGGCCCUCAACAAGACUGGUGACUAUGCCGAGGCCAUAAAGACCUUGAAGAUGAUCGUAAAGCUGCCCACCACAAAGGCGGAAGAGAGCAGGAAGUUCCGAGGCCCCUCUGUACGGCCCAGUGAGCGGGCAUCCAUCCUGCUGGAGCUAGUAGAGGCCCUCCGACUGAAUGGGGAGCUGCACGAGGCCACCAAGAUCAUGCAGGAUGCCAUCAAUGAGUUCAGCGGCACGCCCGAGGAGAUGCGCAUAACAGUCGCCAAUGUGGACCUGGCGCUGAGCAAAGGCAACGUGGACUUGGCCCUGAGCAUGCUGAGAGGCAUCACGCCCAAGCAGCCCUGCUACACGGAAGCCAAGGAGAAGAUGGCCAGCAUCUACCUGCACACGCGCAAAGACGUGCGCCUCUACAUUGGCUGCUACAUGGAGCUCUGUGAACACCUGCCCGGCCCCCACAGCAGCCUGCUACUGGGCGACGCUUUCAUGAACAUUCAGGAGCCUGAGAAGGCCCUGGAGGUGUACGAUGAGGCCUAUAGAAAGAACCCUCACGAUGCCUCCUUGGUCAGCAGGAUCGGACAAGCAUACAUGAAGACCCACCAGUACGCCAAGGCCAUUAAUUACUAUGAGGCUGCCCAGAAGAUCAGUGGGCAGGACUUCCUGUGCUGCGAACUGGCCGAGCUGCUUCUGAAGCUGAAGAAAUAUCACAAGGCAGAGAAGGUGCUGAAGCAGGCCUUGGAACGAGACUCUGGGGUCAAGGACAUUCCGUCCCUGAUGAAUGAGGUCAAGUGCUUGCUUUUGCUGGCAAAGGUUUACAAGAACCAUAAAAAAGAGGAUGUGGUUGGAACUCUGAACCAGGCCUUGGACCUCCAGUCCCGGAUACUGAAGAGGGUUCCCCUGGAGCAACCCGAAACGCUCCCCGUCCAGAAGCAGCUGGCAGUCUCCAUCUGCGUCCAGACCGGGGAGCAUUACGUGACGGAGAAGGACUACGACAACGCCGUGAAAUCCUACAAGGAUGCCCUCUCCUACUCGCCGACCGACAACAAGGUGGCGCUGGAGCUGGCGCAACUCUACCUGCUUCAGGGGCAGCUGGACUUGUGUGAACAGCGCUGUGGCCCCCUCUUACAGAUGGAGCAGACGCACGAGAGAGCUGCGGUGAUGCUGGCUGACCUGAUGUUCAGAAAACAAAAUUAUGAAGCGGCCAUCAGUCUCUACCGCCAAGUGCUGGAGAAAGCUCCAGACAAUUUUUUGGUAUUGAAUAAGUUGAUCGAUCUGCUACGACGGAGUGGCAAGCUUGAAGAGGCUCCUGCUUUCUUUGAACUGGCCAAGAAGGUGUCUAGCCGGGUGCCUUUGGAGCCAGGGUUUAACUACUGCCAAGGCCUUUACUGCUGGCACAUUGGACAGCCCAAUGAAGCCUUGAAGUUUCUGAACAAAGCCCGAAAGGACAGCACCUGGGGCCAGAUUGCCACCUGCUACAUGGUCCAGAUCUGUCUGAACCCUGAUAACGAGAUUGUCGGUGGGGAGACCUUCGAGAGCCUGAUGGCUGAUAGCAACUCCACCAGUAGGAAAGAGUCCCAGCAACACGGGGUGCGCACGGCAGAGAAGCUCCUGCGGGAAUUUUACCCUCACUCGGACUCCAGGCAGACCCAGCUGCGGCUGUUGCAGAGCCUUUGCCUGCUGGCCACCAGGGAGAAGGCGAAUGUAGAGGCGGCUCUCGGGGCCUUUAUCGAGAUGGCCCAGGCUGAGAAGGACAGUAUCCCUGUAUUGCUGGCCAUGGCACAGGCCUACAUGCUACUGAAGCAAGUCCCCAAGGCCCGCACGCAGCUGAAGCGCCUCGCCAAGGUCCCGUGGACGCUGGAUGAGGCCGAAGACCUGGAAAAGAGCUGGCUUCUGCUAGCUGACAUCUACUGCCAAGGCGGCAAGUUCGACCUGGCCUCAGAGCUGCUUCGCCGCUGCCUCCAGUACAACAAGUCUUGCUGCAAGGCCUAUGAGUACAUGGGUUUCAUCAUGGAAAAAGAGCAGUCCUACAAGGAUGCAGCCACCAACUAUGAGCUGGCCUGGAAAUACAGUCACCAAGCCAGCCCUGCCAUUGGUUUCAAACUGGCUUUCAACUAUCUGAAAGACAAGAAAUUUGUGGAUGCCAUCGAAGUCUGUCACAAUGUCCUGACGGAGUACCCCAAUUAUCCCAAGAUCAGAGAGGAAAUUUUGGAGAAAGCCCAAGGGUCCUUGAGGCCCUAGCUGUGACUGGAGAGGGCUUGGGCCGGUAGAAGUCAUCAGUCUAUACACACUGCAUCGGGGAGAGCAGGAAGUGGACCGGUGGAGAAAGAAUUGGGAAAAUGACAUAUUCUCGCCAUUUCUGUAUUGUCUGUGGUUUAUUUGGACUCAUGCCUCAUCUGGCCUGAAGGUGUCUAGAAGCUUUAUGUCUUUAAGGCCUAAGAAGCAAUUUUCCCUGGGGAAGGGAGUCAGCCGGUUUAGCCUGCGCCAAGGCUCUCUGGCCCCGUCCUCAUGGAGCUCACUUUUGUUCCAGACUCUUGAAGAAACAGAACAAAGAGAUCUCCCAGUAGAGCGAUGGCUGGGAAAAAGCACCCUAUAGCUAUUUCUGAGUGUCCCCUGCCCCAAUCUUGUUCCCAGUAUCUCGGAACUAGAGAAGCAACUACCCCUCCCUACCAUGAUGUCUACUGAGCCUGCCCUGGCAGUGGGCUCAGACCGUAGGACCACCUGCAGAAGGGCCUGAACUAAGACCCUGUGCAAGAGGGUCAACAGAUUUUCAAGGCCCAUUGUCUUCAAUGUAUUCACCCACCUCCCCCAAGCUGGACCUCACCUGGUUGGGACAAGUCACAUUCCCACCAAGCCACAUCCUGCCCCAGCUCUCCUUCUAGGAACCCAUUUAAUGCCCAAGGGGGCAGGCACAGUGCAGUGGUCCCUAUUCAGAUGCUAAUGAUCAUUUUACCUGUAAGAGAACUCACCUUUGCUGGGUUCCCAAUACACCUCUCCCUGUUUCUCAGGAUGGAAUUAUGGGUCAGUCCAGCCUUGGGGUGGGGGGGGGGGACGACUCUGGACUGGGUGUCCUCCACUCAGAUCAGGGUAGGAGAUGUGACUUAGCUGGUGGAUCCCUUGUCCAGUGUGCAUGAGGUCCUGAGUUUGACCCCCCCAGCACACAAAAGUCACACCUGGAAGACCAGCACUUUGGAAGGUCGAGCUCAUCCUAACUGAGGUGAUCUUGGGCUAUAUAAAGACCCCGUCUCAAAAGAGAAAAAGACUCCAUUUCCCGAAUCUUGCAUCAUCCUUUGCCAGUAAUAUCUAGAAAAUCAUUUAUUUUCAGUAAUGGGUUGGAAGUGAGGGUCUCAUGACUCCUAGGUACACACAGUACCCCUGAACUCAUCUUCUACCCUUAAAUUGAGUAAUGAUGUGCUUACCCGUGUUUACUGAUAGCUAACACAACAGUUAGGGAUUCUUGGAUGCUGUUGAAAAGGAUAGGUCUCAGCUGCUAGUGUGCGCCUUUAAUCGCAGCAGCACUUGGGAGGCGGAGGCAGGUGGAGCUCUGAACUGAAGGCCAGCCUGGUCGACAGAGUGAGUUUCAGUGAGUGAGCUACCAGCAGAGAAACCCUGUCUUCAAAAAGAAGAAAAAGGAUGGGUUUCCCUUUUAAGCAUAUUGCUAUAUUCUAAAGAAAACUUCCAGGCCAGCCCGGUCUGCAUAGGGAGUUCUAGGCCAGCCAGGGCUCCGUAGCUGGUUGUAGUCUCAAGACCAAAGACUGGGGCUGGUGAGACAGCUCAGCAGGUAAAGGUUCCUGUCCCAACUCUGAUGACCUGACUUGAAUCCCCAGGUCCCAUGUGGUGGGAAAGAAUCAAUUUGCACAAGUUGUCCUCUGACCUCCACACAAGAAUUGCGGCAUGCGUAAGCUCAUGUUUAUACACAAAAAUAGAGUGGCUGAAUUAAUGAAUAAAGUGGUUUCAAAAUAAA